AUGGAUUCCAAUCCCCAUCCGCGACAGAUCGACCCACAAGUUCUUGCUAUGCUGACCGUCAAGCGCGACGAUCUCGCACGCGCUUACGAAUCAGUCGCAACAGCCUUGCGAUCAGCUGCAACUGCAGUCGAUGAGUUCCAAUCACUUCUUCCUCGCGAUGUUAGCAUACUCCCUCCAACACUCACUCCCGUCAGUCCCACAACAACCGCAUUGGCCCCCCGCUCUCAUCGCAAAGGACGCAAAUCAUAUAAUAAAGAUCCAAACGCUCCAAAGAAACCAAACACCGCUUACAUCCUUUUCAGCAACGAAAUCAGAGCGGAGAUGAAAGCCAACAAUCCGGAAGCCAAUCAGAAAGAAUUGGUAAAGUUAAUUGGGAGCAGAUGGAAAGCUUUGUCGACUGAGCAGAAAAAGGUCUACGAAGACCGUUAUUUCGCCGAUAAAGAACGCUAUGACGAGGAACUUCGUGCAUAUCGCGGCGCUCACGGUUCACCGUCGUCAUCGUCAUCAGCUGAAGAGAACGAAAUUCCUCCGAUGGUCACAACUCCUGUAACCGCUCAGAUGCCUACUGCUGGCAAUCAACCAUUCGUUCAGACAAUCCGUCUCCCGAUCACAACACCGCAGGCCCCAUACCACGGGGAACCACCUGCACAAGCGAGCAUGAUGAGCACUUUUUCGGCAAACGUUCCCGUCAACUUACAAGCGGACAGUCGAAUCGGCGCUGCAGAGGCAGCAGCAAUGAAUAUGAUCGAAGUAUCGAACGUGUCCACGCAGACUGGUGUUGGUAAUUCCGGCGGGAACGUACAGGGUAACGGGAACGGAGGAAAUCAGGGUAGAAAACGAUCGUCGGCUACAUUAACUCCUCCACCUACCGAAGGCAGCACCGACAUUUCCCCAAAAACCUCUCAUCCUCCCCAUCCCCCAUUACAACAACCGCCUCAACAAUCACAACCAACCCAACCCGCUCCCGCCGUGUUUCAUAACAACGAUCAAGAGGAUUCGUCCACCGAACAGGGCCCGCCGAAAAAGAAACGCGUUACAAAGAGCGUAAAAAAAACCGCUGUACCGGGCGGAAAAAAAACCGCGGAGACGUCUUCCGAAUCGUUAAAUUCUAGUGCAGUAAAAGAAGAGGAGGGAACCAAUGCCGGGAAAAGGGGUCGGCCGAAAAGGAGCGCGAUCUCAGGAAAUGCUAACGGGAGUGAUGGUAAUAAGGACAAAGACAAGCAAGAACAAGCCGGAGCAACAGGAGGUCCUGGUGGUAGGCGCCCAAAUGUGAGAACUGCGAGAAAUCGAUCGAGUUAG